GAUAUCGCGCGUGUCGUUCCUCGGCGGCAGGCGUUGGCGACAGAGUGGACUGGGAUGGCAUCAUCGGGCCACCCGCUGUUACCCCAGGUCUCACGGUACGAUCUGGGGAAAGAAUUCGACGCGAACGGAAAGCCCAAAUCUGUGGUCCCAUCAACACGAGUCAGUAGCUAUGAGAGGGUGACGGGGAUGGACGGGGAUGAGAAACGCGCUAGCGGAUCCGAGGGUCGUCGACGGGGAAGAACGGAGAUGUGCAGCUCGGUACCUCAACAGGCUAGAGCUUACAAUGUCGGGGCUACGUUCACGCGCAUCAAGUUCAUGAUGGAAUCUAGGUGCAAUCUUCGGAUAUUGAUAGAGCAUGUUCUUGAUAUCUCUUAAUCUUGUGGUCGCUCAUCCAGAGCACGUUUCACCACUACUCAGGUACUCUACACCGCAUCAACCAUGGGUUCCAUGCCAGCACAGAAGCGCCCAAAUUUCCUCGUUGUCGUCGCAGAUGAUCUAGGAUACAGCGAUAUUUCGCCCUUUGGUGGUGAGAUCAAUACGCCCAACCUCCAAAAGAUCGCGGAAACAGGAGUUCGCUUGACGAACUUCCACACUGCAUCAGCAUGCUCCCCGACAAGGUCAAUGCUGCUGUCAGGCACCGAUAAUCAUAUUGCAGGCCUUGGGCAAUUAGUGGAACACAUGGCGGUCAAGCAGAACUACGAAGGAAAACCUGGCUACGAAGGCUAUCUCAACUUCCGUGUUGCUGCAUUGAGUGAGAUUCUACAAGACGCCGGAUACCGAACAAUCAUGAGCGGGAAGUGGCAUCUCGGCCUUACCAAGGAGACGUCUCCCUGUGCGCGCGGCUUUGACGAUUCGUUCGUGUUCCUUUCCGGUUGCGGCAACCAUUACAACUGGGAACCACAACUGGAUAAUCCCAAGGAUGCUAUCUUCACUCCAAUGUAUGCAGACAAAUUUUGGAUGCGUGACGACAAGCACCUCAACCGAGCCGACUCGAGCGACGUUCCAGCAGACUUCUAUUCAACGACUUCAUUCACCGACGAACUGAUAAACUAUCUCAACGACCGAGAAGGCGAAGAAAAACCCUUCUUUGCUUACCUGCCUUUCACUGCGCCUCAUUGGCCCUUACAAGCGCCGCGCAAUCUCAUCGAAAAGUACAAGGGAAGGUACGCUGACGGCCCGGAUGCGCUCCGCACUAAGCGGCUUCAGAGGUUGGUCGACUUAGGUAUUGUCAAGCCAGAUGUGAAUGCUGCACCUAUGCCUAGGCACGACUGGGACAAUAUGAGCGCAGAAGAACGCACAGAAUCCGCGCGGAAGAUGGAGGUGUACGCUGCUAUGGUUGAAUCGAUCGACGAGAAUAUUGGUCGGGUAGUUGAACACCUUGAGAGGAACGGCGAACUAGACCAUACUUUCAUACUGUUCAUGUCUGAUAAUGGUGCCGAAGGUGCAAUGCUCGAGGCCCUUCCGUUGAUGGGCACCGUUGGCACCGUUAACAAAAUCAUCGACAAGUACUACGAUAACAGUCUAGAGAAUAUGGGUGCUAGUAACAGCUUCAUUUGGUACGGCUCCGAGUGGGCAUCAGCAUCAAUGGCGCCUUCAAGAGGAUUCAAAACUUGGAUAACGGAGGGUGGUAUACGAUGUCCAUGUCUGAUACGUUACCCUCCAUCGCACGAUGGUGAUAAGUCUUUGCCUGCUGGCUCGUUUACAGACUCCUUUUGUACAGUUAUGGAUGUCCUGCCAACUGUGCUGGAUCUGGCUGGGGUCAAACCACCAGGUAGCAAUUUUAGGGGUCGAGAAGUAGUCCCAGUAAGGGGUACUACAUGGGUGCCGCACUUAGAGGGUGACCAACCUGGUUUCCAUGACGAGACCGAGGAAAUUACUGGUUGGGAGCUGUUCGGUCUUCGGGCAAUUCGAAAGGGGAAUUGGAAAGCUCUAUGGAUGACGGCGCCUCGUGGCCGAGAGCAGUGGGAGUUGUAUAAUCUUGAGGAGGAUCCAGCAGAGAUACACGACUUGGCGGAAAAAGAACCGCAAAAGCUCGAGGAGAUGGUCGCGCAUUGGGAAACAUACUAUGCCGAAACUGGCAUGUUCGAUUAUGGCCACGAAUUUGGGUACGUUAAGUACUGCUAGACAGCUAGAACUAAACACGAAGAAGCCCGUUUUUUGCAAGUUGCACUGAGUCAACCCGGGUUUUAAUUACACGUGAUAUGAUUGAUUGAUCACUUGGAAGUGCCGCG